AGCUUCGAGAAUCAAACCCACCGAUAUGUCAGCCAACGUCUGCACACUAUUUCACCAGUGUACCUGGUCCAGGUACAACGUCAACCACCUCCACCACCGCCACCAUCGCCCUCAACCUGCUUGAUCUUUCUUACCGCCAUGUCUGCAGAGGCCGAUGCUCCCCCCGAAUUGACCUGGUCUUCACAGUACACAAUCGCAUCUCCAUCUUCGCGGGCCGCCCAAUUAUCCGGCGAUAAGAUCUUGCUGCCCCCGUCCGCUCUAGAACAGCUUCUAGCCGCUGCACCCCUCGUGACCAUAGAUCCGCAAAACCGUCACAUCACCUCGUUCGAUCCCUUCAACCCCUACACAUUCGACGCCGAGCGACAAGCUCGAUCCUAUCAACAAGAUCGCACUCAGCAACUACCUCACCCGUUAACCUUUCGCCUUGUCAAUCCAGAUAAUGGCAGGGUUGUGCAUGCAGGCAUUCGGGAAUUCUCGGCUGAGGAAGGCCAUGUAGUCUUGAGCAGCUUCCUACAUGAAGCCCUCGGGCUGGAGGUGAAGUCUCAAGACUCAUCACCGAGUACAAGUCCAGAUGGCGACGUAGACAUGGCUAAUGGAGUGAGCGGGUUGUCCGUGGAAAGCACGUCAGCUGCGCAAAUUACAGUGCAUGCGAAAGAGCUCCCCAAGGGCACAUUUGUGAAACUGCGUCCGCUCGAGGCUGGCUACGACCCGGAGGACUGGAAAUCGCUACUCGAGGAGCACAUGCGAUCGCACUUCACCACCCUGACUAAUGGCGAGGUCCUCACAGUAUAUGGAGGCCGAGGAUCAGAUGGCAAGCGAGAGGAGUUCCGCUUCCUUGUGGAUGGGUUCAAACCAGAGGGAGAUGGAAUAUGUGUGGUAGACACUGAUCUCGAGGUCGAUAUUGAGGCCCUAAAUGAGGAGCAGGCGCGUGAGACACUUCAGAAGAUCGCGGCUAAGCGACAACGCGCACCCGGUACAGCAGAGGGUAGCUCCGUUGGUGGACGCAUCGAUAUAUUUAAGGGUCAGCAAGGCCAGGUCAUAGACGGAGAAUAUGUCGACUACGAGCUGUCAUCAUGGGAUAGAACCCAAGGACUGGAAAUCGUAUUAAGUGGGGUAGACGAGGAGUCGGAAGUUGAUCUGUUUGUCAGUCCAUUCUCACCGCGACAGAGGGUAAAACCACGGGAGGAUGAGCACGUCUUCGCCGAUCUUUCGAGUCGAUUCCCCAAACGCAUACGUCUGCCGCCAACCAAUGUCGAUUUGGAGGACGCCGAAGCAAUAUACAUCUCAGUCCGAGCUUAUCCCUCGAUCCCUCCAUCCAGCAUACCUAAAACAUUCGAUCUUAGAGUUGCGGUCUACGAUACGUCAAGUCCACUACUAGAACAAGAAAACUCGAGCUCCGUGACUACAUCCGAUAACCCGGACGAGGUGCAAUGCAAGAACUGUCGGCAGUGGGUACCCAAAGGAUCACUGUUUCUCCACGAGAAUUUUUGUCUCCGAAAUAACAUCCUUUGCCCCAAAGGUUGCGGUCAAGUCUUCCAGAAGCGCUCCGAAACUUUCAAAAACCACUGGCAUUGCAAGCACGAUACCUUCACCGGCAAUACGCCAUUGUCCAAGCAGAAGCACGAAGCUUUAUAUCACACCCCGCAAGAGUGCCCGUCAUGCCCAACAAUGGCCUUCACGUCCAUUUCCAACCUCUCACGCCACAAAGUCACGGAAUGUCCGGACAAGCUCAUCCUCUGCCGCUUCUGUCACCUCCAAGUCCCCCAGGAAGGCGACCCAACCGCUCCGCCCAACCCCGAACUCCUCCUCUCUGGUCUCACACCGCACGAGCUUGCCGAUGGCGCCCGAACAACCGAAUGCCACCUUUGCAACAAAAUCACCCGCUUCCGGGACAUGGACACCCACCUCCGUCACCACGACCUCGAACGCCUGUCCCGCCCACCGCCUCGCACAUGCCGCAACAUAAACUGCGGCCGCACGCAAGACGGUGCGAACCAAACCGGUGACACACGUGCAGGCACCCGUAAAGGCCAAGGUCCUGGCAACGAAAUCGGUCUAUGCAGUGUAUGCUUCGGCCCCCUCUACGUCUCUUUAUACGAUCCAGAGGGCAAAGCGUUACGUCGCCGCAUUGAGCGUCGCUACCUGAGCCAGCUCCUCACGGGCUGUUCCAAACCCUGGUGCCGCAACGAAUUCUGUCGCUCGGGUCGCAAGAACGCUGGCAACCCCGAUCGAAGCGUACCUACUAAAGAAGCGAUACCACUGGUGAAGCCGUUCUUAGAGGGUAUGGAUGGCAAGGGGUAUGAGACGCCGCUGCACUUCUGCGUCGACGAGGCUAGCCAGCGCCGGAAGGGGACUGCGGAGAUGAUGAGUGCUGAGGUGGGAAUUGAGGGAAAAGGCGGGUACGCGCUUGAGUGGUGUGUUGCUGCUCUUGAGGCUGAGGGUGGCGAUUUGGAUCGCGCGAGGGCGUGGCUCAAGAAUUGGGCACCGCAAAGGAGCGAGGCGUAA